GCCUCACCCAUUUUGUUGCAAAUUAUUUCCACUGGUUCAUUUUUCUUGUUAACCUUUUUAAUGACAUGCUUUCACCGUUGUAACUGUUUGUAGGAUUCCUAUUCCACUGCGCAUGCAUUUGCAUGUGUUUUUUUUCAGUUGACCCAUUUGUCCCUUUACUCUGUCUAAGUUUGAAAUGUAUAAAUAUUAAAAAAAAAAAAAGUGUAAUUUUUUUUUUUUUUGAGAAAUCCUUCUGUAGUAAGCAGAAAACUACAUUGUCGCAUUUUAUUGCCUGAUAUUCCUAUUACCCAUUAAGUGGGCAUUAAAAAUAACUUCUCGUAUAGUGCUUGCACAGCUACACGAUAGUUGUUUAUGCGAACGUUGUUUACGCGAACGUUGUUUACACACAUGUGUGUGUCAUAGGAGGAAAUUCACCACCUUGCAGUGUUAUUUCUCUUUUUUUUUUUUUUUUUCCCCUUUCUGUGCAUAUCGUGAGUCAUAUUUUGUAUCCCCAAGAGUAGUCACAUAGGGUAACCGCUAAACUGGGCAAACAGCUAAACUGGGCAAACCACUAAAGUGGGUAAACCGCUAAACCGUGCAGAAUGCCGAUGCAAAGCGCGCCGAAGCCCAACAAUGACUCGGAGGAAGUCACCGGAGAAAUAAAUUACGACGACUUGGCAAACAACAUGCUCGAAAAAAUGGACAAGCAUAUACAUGAGGAAACGCAAGAGUUCCAGUAUAGCCCAGGGAAAGUCCACUACAGAAAUGUGGCUGGUGGGAAAAUGAACAUGGGAGCGGGAAACCAAGCGAGCGAGUUGCUGCCAUCUUACCAAACGAAUGAACAUUAUAAUCAUAACCAGGGAAACAGAAUAGACGAACAUACAGUACAAGCAGGUUCGUACCCUCGUCGAGUCAUGACAGCCUUGGGUCCUCUACCCCUCCCAGAAGAAUUCAAAAAAAACAUCCCAGAAAAAUUUGUUGCAAAGCCUAUUAUAGAAGAAAGAGAAAUAUACGUAUCGAAGAAGGAGAGGAAACAAAGAGAAAUUGAAAUUCCACAUGUGAAAUAUGAACAUACAUUUGAAAAGGUAAAAAAACAGCUCAUCGUAAAUAAGUUAGUACCAAGUGUUUCAGAAGUGAUUAAGGAAGUACCCAAGGAAGUCCUCAAACCAGUUAUCGAAGAAAAAAUAAUUGAAGUGCCACAAGGAGUUAAGUAUGUGGAAGUACCUGUAGAAGUGCCCUGUCUUUAUCCACCCAAAAUUGUCCCCAAAGUUGUAACGCAGUAUGUGGAAAGAAUUGUAGAAACGAUAAAGCCAGUGGUUCAGGAAAAGAUCAUUGAGGUGCCGCAGACGGUGAUUAAACAAGUGCCUAAAAUAAAAACCGUAGAAGUGCCUUACUACGUCCCUAGGUAUGUGGAAAAAAUCGUAGAGGUUCCUUUUAAGCCCAAUGGGGAGAUGCCUCAGCUGGGCACGCACAUCCCCUUCCCCAUUUCGGAGUCCUUUCCGCCUCUGAAGCCCACGCAGUUUCUGAGCAACCCUGCGAGGCAGGCCAAUCAUCCCGGCCAGUUCGAGCAGUUUGAGCAGUAUGGGCAGAAUGGGCAAUUUGGGCAGUCUGGCCAACCGAACCAACUUGAGCAGUCCGGGCAGAUCGGCACGCCCAACCAGCUGCAGGCGCAACGGUCCAUCCUCUCCCAAAUAAACUGUUUUGCCACUUCGGGCAAAAGCGCUAUGAACAGCUCGGAACAAAUUUUCGGAAAUUUGACCAUGCCCCCAACUACGCUGAAGCCAAUAGGGGGCAACCCAACUGGCAAUAGCGCAACCAACACGCCGAGGGGUGUCCCAAGGAGUGUCCCAAGGAACGACCCGAUGAACGCACAGAGGAACGCACAGAGGAACGACCCGACCGGUUCCAAUUCCCCCUUCAGCUCCAACCCGAAUUUUAGAAAGCAAGAAAAUUUGUACAGCCAAAUUGAGAACUUACCGUACAUACAUAACUUACCUGAUGGCUUGAAAUGGCAGUAUCCUGAUGGGAGCUUAUCCAACCAGCAGCUCCUCCCCAAUGGCAGCAACGCAGUUCCCCCACUUGUGUUCACUUGCCCACCAGAAAUUGGAAAAGUUACAUGCACGAAAAAGGACAUUCAACCGGAUAUUCUCACCAAGACGGGUGUUUACGAAUUUGAUGGUUUUAAAAAGAAAGGGACAUCUCAGUCUUUGUUCCCCCCUCUGGCCCACCAUGACCGAGUGCCAUUCUUGCCUUCCCCAGCUUCACCUGGGACUCCCGACGUGAAGAACAUUCAGGAGAAUAACUAG